AUCUCCAACCAGCCGCCUCUUCCAUCUCCCGCUCCCGCAAAGCUUCACAGACGCCAUGGCUGAGAUCCGCCGAAAGCUCGUCAUCGUCGGCGACGGUGCCUGCGGUAAAACCUGUUUGUUGAUUGUCUUCUCCAAGGGCGCUUUCCCUGAGGUCUACGUCCCUACCGUCUUCGAGAACUACGUCGCCGAUGUCCAGGUCGACAACAAGCACGUCGAGCUGGCCUUGUGGGAUACGGCUGGACAGGAAGAUUAUGACCGUCUCCGACCCCUCUCCUACCCCGACUCUCACGUCAUCCUGAUUUGCUUCGCUAUCGACUCUCCUGACUCUCUGGACAACGUUCUUGAGAAGUGGAUCUCGGAGGUCGUGCACUUCUGCUCAGGUCUUCCCAUCAUCUUGGUCGGCUGCAAGGCCGAUCUGCGAGACGAUCCCAACACCAUCGAGGCCUUGAGGGCAACCAACCAGAAGCCGGUGUCCUCUUCGGACGCUGAGGCUGUUGCCAAGAAGAUCGGUGCCUACAAGUACCUGGAGUGCUCUGCCCGAACCGGCCAGGGUGUCCGCGAGGUCUUUGAGCACGCCACCCGCGCUGCUCUCAUGUCUCGCUCCACCCGCAAGAGCAGCCACAAGAAGUGCCUUGUUCUGUAAACGGGUUCUCACCUUGUGCCUGUCUAUCCCGAGCACCUCCGUUUCCCCCAAUUGCGGCUCGGUCAUUCCCUCCCCUUGUAACUCGAUGCGUCUACGCUCUUCGCAAGCCAAGUCGAACAAACCAACACGCGGCUGGUUGGGUGGUAGAGGAUGGAUGUCGGGCCACAAUGGGGCCUCCGGCUGUCUCCGGGCAUAGGUUCUUUUUUUCUAUCUCGGGGAUUUGGAAUUUGAUUGUCUCGUUUUGCGUGUCUUGCGUCUUUCGCCAGCGGACACGGGCGAGCAGGGUUACUUGGUUGCGUGCAUGGUUCUGCAGGCCCAUCACCGUCAUGGAGUAAGGAUUCUCUAGGGAAAGAGGGACGACUGCGAAAGAAGGUAAACCAGAUGUUUUCCCCCUUAUGCCUCUUGUCAUAAUGCCGGCGGGCAAGCCGGUCUUGCUUUACUGUAUCUUCCCAGUGGUGCGGGACGGGGUCGACGAGCCUAAUGUUGGAGCUGGCUUUCUGUUUCUCCUGAGCUGCGAGCGGUCGAUGGUUGAUGCGGGAGCGUACAGAGGGAAUAGAGAGAAGGGGGAGGGGCCUGCAGUUUGUCUAGUCAUGGGAGAGGAGAGCAGGAUGUAAGUAGGUAGCUGUGGAUUUUUCGCACUUUGGAAGUUGCCGGGACUCUUGCGAGCGGUCUCUACAACAGGUCAUCAUAUAUUUGUCGCUUUUUUUCUUUUUCCUUUAUUCUAUUUCUACAGGCUGUGUGUCUUUUUCCUGUCUUGUAUUGUCCCGAGAACUUUUUUCUUCACCUUUUUUUUUUUUUUACUUGGUUUGGUUGUAAUAUCGCUUUGUUCUUUACACGCACACACACGCACAACAUGCU